AUGGCUAAGCUUGCGCUCCUCAUCCGAGGAACUGCGCUGCUGCUCUGCCUAUUGGUCUUCCAAGCAGCAUCCACUUCCGAUGGCCAAGCGAGUGUAUCAAGAGCCUGCAUCGGCAGCGAGCGAGAUGCGCUUCUGUCCUUCAAGGCAAGCCUCCUGGACCCUGCUGGCCAUCUCUCGUCAUGGCAGGGUGAGGAUUGUUGCCAAUGGAAGGGAGUCCGGUGCAGCAACAGAACGGGCCAUCUCAUCAAGCUCAACCUCCGCAACAUCGACAUGGAAGACUACAUGGGCUACUCCAUGUACGACUACAUGGGCUACUACAGCGACUACAGCUACCCAAACAGGGGCAGAUCAUUGAGCUUGUCGGCGGGCGAGAUGAGCUCUUCUUUGGCUACUUUACAACACCUGAGGUACCUUGAUCUGAGCUGGAAUAACUUCAACGGCACAAGCAUCCCUAUCUACUUGUCUUCUCUCAAGAGCCUAAGGUAUCUCAACCUCUCAAGAGCAGGAUUCAGUGGGAGAAUACCUUCUCAACUUGGCAAUCUCUCAAAAUUGCAAUAUCUUGAUCUCAGUUGGAAUUAUGAUUAUUAUGGGAAUAAGUCUUACAUAUUAGAUCUUGCAUGGUUGCCACGUCUCUCUUUGUUGAGACAUCUUGACAUGAGUUAUGUGGAUCUUGGUUCUGCGAGGGAUUGGUUUCAGAGAGUUAAUAUGCUUCCUUUUCUUAAAGUGCUUCGCAUGUCCGACUGUGGACUCAAUGGUACCGUGUCUGCUAGUAUAUCAAUUUCCAACCUCACACAUCUCGAGGUCCUUGAUGUGUCCUAUAACACCUUCAGAAUACCUUCCCAAUUUGGAAAUCUCUCAAAGCUGCAAUAUCUUGAUGUCAGUGGGAAUUAUUAUCCUGAUGUGGCUCUUGCAUGGUUGCCACGUCUCUCUUUGUUGAGACAUCUUGAUAUGAGUAAUGUGGAUCUUGGUUCUGCGAGGGAUUGGUUUCAGAGAGUUAAUAUGCUUCCUUCUCUUAAAGUGCUUCGCUUGUCCGUUUGUGGACUCAAUGGUACCAUGUCUGCUAGUACAUCAAUUUCCAACCUCACACAUCUCGAAGUCCUUGAUAUGUCUGGUAACACCUUUCAUACUUCACUCAAGCAUGCGUGGUUUUGGAAUCUCACAGGCCUUAAGGAGCUUCACCUCUCAGAUUCCGGCUUGGAAGGGUCCAUUCCUAGUGAUUUGGCAAAUAUGGCGUCCCUUCAAGUCAUAGACUUUAGUUGGAACAAUCUUGUGGGUUUGAUACCAAAGAAAUUAGAAAAUUUGUGCAAUUUGGCAAGUAUGAGGUUCAGUGGUAACAACAUAGGUUUGAGCCUAGAGGAGUUCAUGGAGCGAUUGCCAAAGUGCUCAUGGAAUACACUACAAGAAUUGACACUGGGGAGUGCAAGUAUGACCGGGAAUCUACCCAUUUGGAUUGGCAACAUGACCAAUCUUAGUAUUCUUCAAGCAGAUAGCAACAUGUUGACUGGCCCUUUGCCUGUAGGAGUUGGAGCACUAGGUAAUUUGAAAAUAUUGGACCUGAGCUACAAUAAGUUCAGCGGUGUGAUGUUGAAAGAACAUUUUACAAGCUUAGGCAAAUUAGAGAAUUUGAACCUCAGCCACAAUAUCUUCAGAGGUGUGCUCUUGAAAGAACAUUUUGCAAGUCUGGGCAACUUAAAGCUUUUGGACCUCAGCUACAACAAAUUCAGUGGUGUGCUCUUCAAGGAAGAUUUUGCAAGUUUAGGUAAUUUGGAGCAUUUGGACCUCAGCUAUAAUAACUUCAGUGAUUUUCUUUUGAAAGAAUGCUCAACAAGUUUAGUUAAUUUAAAGCAUCUGGAUCUUAGCCAUAAUAAAUUAGAUAGUGUGCUCGUGGAGGAGCAUUUUGCAGGCCUAUUGAAUCUAGAGUAUCUGGACUUGUCGUACAACUCUUUGAGAUUUGCUAUCGACAAAAAAUGGAUCCCUCCCUUUAGAUUGAAAGUUGCAAGAUUUCGGUCAUGCCUACUAGGCCCCAAUUUUCCAGAAUGGCUUAAAUCGCAAUCAAACAUUGAGGUUCUUGUUCUCAGUAAUGCGAAUCUGGAUGACAUUAUUCCUGAUUGGUUUUGGGUGACAUUUUCCCAAGCUUCAUUCCUGCAAGCAUCAGGAAACAAAUUGCAUGGCUCAUUACCGGCACAGUUGCCUAUAAAUAUAGUACGACUGAACCUAUCUUCAAACUCUUUAUCUGGUUCAUUGCCAUCAGAGUUAAAUGCUCCACUACUCGAAGAGUUGUUGCUUGCAAACAAUCAAUUCAUAGGCACCAUCCCAUCGUCUAUAUGCCAAUUGACUAAACUGAAAAGGUUGGACCUAUCAGGAAACCAGUUAACAGGAGAUAUUAUGCAGUGCCAAAAGGAACUUGUUCCAAACUCUACAGAUCAAUUUGGCUCUGACAUGCUGAGCUUAGCCUUGAAUAACAAUGAUCUCACUGGUGAAUUCCCUAAAUUUCUUCAAAGGUCAUCAGGAUUAAUGUUCCUUGAUCUUUCUUACAACAGGUUAUUUGGAGGAUUGCCAGAAUGGUUACCCCAAAAAAUGCCACACUUGAAAAUAUUAAGAGUGAGAUCAAAUAUGUUCAGUGGUCAUAUUCCUAAGAGUCUCACUUCCCUUCAUGGUCUUCAUUAUUUGGACAUAGCACAUAACAAGAUAACAGGAAGCAUACCAUGGUCUUUGUCAAAUCUGAAGGCAAUGAUGACAGUGGUGUCACAUGACACGGGGGAUUACAUAUAUGAAGAAAGCAUCCCAGUAAUCACAAAGGACCAAAAGCGUGACUACACCUUUGCAAUUUACCAGCUCCUGGUAGUUCUUGAUCUGUCAAGUAAUAGUUUGGCAGGACAGAUUCCAAAGGAGAUGCCUUUACUCAUUGGGCUUACCAAUCUGAACUUGUCAAACAACCACCUCACAGGAGCAAUCCCAAACAAAAUUGGUGAUUUAAGGCAGUUGGACUCACUCGACCUAUCCUUUAAUGAGUUUUCUGGUUCAAUACCAUCAAGUUUGUCAGCUUUAACUUAUUUGAGCCACUUGAACUUGUCAUACAACAAUCUGUCCGGUGCAAUACCAUCCGGACAACAACUACAAGCUCUUGAUAACCAGAUGUAUAUCUACAUCGGUAACCCUGGUCUUUGUGGAGAUCCUGUCAGCAGGAACUGCUCAACACAUGAUGCAGAGCAAAGUGCCCUCGAAGAUAUAGAUCAUAUACCAUCUGUUUAUCUUGCCAUGAGCAUUGGAUUUGUGGUGGGUCUGUGGACAGUUUUCUGCACCAUGUUGAUGAAGAGGACAUGGAGGGCUGCCUUCUUCCAGUUUGUUGAUAUGAUGUACGACAUGGUUUAUGUGCAAGUGGCUGUAAGGUGGGCUCACAUGAUGGAGAAAACUCAAGACGGUGCACCAUGA